AUAACGUUGUGCAAUGAUGAGUUGCUGAAAUUAGAAACAGAUGAAGAGCAAGAAAAACAGCACCAAUCUGGUCAGAAUAAAAACUGCCAUCACAUCAGGGUUUUUGAGCUCUUCAAAUAGUGGUGAUUGUUUCUGUUUCAGCACAUUAGUCGGAGAUGCUGCAAAUUCUGUUCAUCUUGACUGUCAUUAUAAUGACAAAUAGUGAGCUUUCAUACCCUGAAGCACGAACUAACUUCUCCCUCAAAGUAGAAGACAACAUCACUGGAGAGGACGGUUUGUGCAUCAUAGUGUCCUGUGUUGUCACUAUCCCUGAAAGUGUCUCAGAUCCCAUUAGGACAACCUGGUUCAAAGGAGAUCCACAAAACCUGUCUGUUGAAGUUUCUAAUUUUAAGAGAAAUAUUGGAUUUCCUCAAAAUGAGAAAGAGUGCAGCUUUUCGCUAAACCACUUGGUUCAGGGCAAAUCUGAUGGUGAAUACAGAUUAAAACUGGAGUGGGGAGAAGGAAACAUGUAUAUCUUUCCUCAGACAGUAAAUAUUACUGUUAAAGAGCUUACCCAGAAACCAACAAUAAACGUCCCACUGCUCACAGCGGGAGAGAAGGCCGAGAUAUCAUGUAAAGUUCCAGGGGACUGCUUCCAACCCUUAGCAGAUAUUGUGUGGACAGGCAUUAGGCCUAAUAAUACUAGACUUGGAGCUCGUGGAGUGCCUGGCAGGAGUGAGCACUUUUCUAUAAUGACUUUUUAUCCUAAGCCUGAACAUCACAAUACUGAGCUCACCUGCACAGUGACACUUCAAGGACGUAUUCGGACUGAAAGUACUGUCAUCCUCAAAGUAAGACAUUCCCCAGUAAUCCUGAACAGCUCUCGUUGUUUUGUGUGGGGUGAUGAACUGAGAUGCAUGUGUGUCAGCAGUGGUGUGCCGUCACCCCAGAUAUCCUGGCCAGUAUUGAAAGAUAGCACUAAACACAGCAGUGCUGUUUCAGUAGAGGAGAACAUCAGCAUUAGCAACAUCUCCAUUCCUGGAUUUAGUAAAGUCAGCGCUACCGUUGAAUGUGUCAGUGAGAAUAUCAUUGGUACUACAAAGAUGGAAAUCCAAGUGCACAAUCAUGCUGAAAAACAAAACCCCAAGAAAUGAGUUGCAGUUUGUCAACCCCAGAUGUAUAUGACUCUAAAGACGAACAAAAAAAAUCAUAAUUAAUUCCCUCAUCUCUCACCUUCAUGACUUCCCAGAUGUUCUGUAUGGUUUUGUUCAGUUAAACACGAACAGUUUGCAUGUAAUGUCAGCAGCUUCUGAAGCAUGACGUCUGUGCCUUUCACGAAAAGUUAACGGACCCUGUUUGUUCGUCAAGUGAACUCAUAGUUGACUGGGAGUGAUGGUUUAUAAUACUAAAAACUUUAGUAAUAUUUUCUUUCUUUAUUUAGAAAUAUUACUAUUGUUGUCACACUCGUCUAUCAUUUUGCUUUAGAAGACACUGAUUCUUCAACAGGAAUCCUUCAUAUGGAUUACCGUUGUGUACAUUUUGAAUGGUUUCUGGAGCUUUAAAGGGUUAGUUCACCCAAAAAUAAAAACUAGCUCCUCAUUUACUCACCCUCAAGGCAUUCUAGGUGUAUAUGACUCUCUUUUUUCAGACAAAUGCAAUCAGAGAUUAAUGUCCUGGCUCUUUCAAGCUUUGUAAUGGCAGCGGGUGGGUGUUUUCUUCUUCUUCUCCUCUUGGUUAAUGGCGGAUUGCAAACAACUUUUAGGUGCAUACCACCACCUACUGUACAGGAGUGUGCAACAAUAUGUCAUUUAGAGUGUUUUCAUAUUCUGGGUGGAUGUUUUCGUUCAACAGUCCAAAAGAAGUCCAAUAAAGCGCAUCUAUUCAUAAUAAAUGAAGUGCCACACCUGUAGCUAAUAGAUGCGUUUUUGUAAGAAAAAUAUCCAUAUUUAAAACAUUAGAAAGCAUGCAUAGAAACUUCCACUAACUGUCAUUCAACCUUCUGGUCUCUCUCGUGAAACCAACACGGAAGUGACUAAAACUGCAAUUCACGGACUGGCCGCUAGGGGCUGGCUCCAAAAGGGAGUCAGUCCAAUAGACUCCUCAUGUUAAAAUGCCCAACUUUACAGCAGAAAAAAAUGUUUACAGCCUGGUACAAAAAGUGUUUUUGGUCUACAUAACUAAUUUUGCCCUUCAUGACAAAGGUGUAUAAUUUUUUUUAUAACUCAUCCGUUUAAAUUAUAUUAAGCCUUAAAGUUCUGCAUAAUUAAGGGUGUGGCCACUUGAGUGACAGGUGGAUUGCCGCUGCUGACAUGGCCAUGGAGCUUGGUGGGCAUGGUUUAAGUAUCCAUCUCCCGCAUCUUUGCGCAUUUCCGAUUAUCCGGGAUUGACGCGCUGCCAAGAUGGCGAUGACUGGCUCCGCCCACUUUGAGCUUCAAAAACGCUCUUCGGAAAUCUACGGGUGAUGUCACGGACACUACGUCCAUGUUUUUAUACAGUCUAUGCCUAAGACUUAUGCAUAGCACAUGUGCUGGUGAGAAGUGACAAACACGGAAGUGCGGAGGAGAGCAAAACAAAACAACGGUCACGAAUUAGAAGUACAAAACGAGGAUUUGUAAAAAAAAAAAUAAAAAUGUUGGAGGAUUUCGAUAUAUUGUUAGCCAAGAGGAACUGGUUUUCCUUUGCUAAAGUAAGGAAACUUUGCUUCCUUUGCUCCUGUAAACAAACAUUGGUUCUCGCGAGACUAGCAUAUACAUCAUCCACCCGGAAUGGCUUGUGUGUAUGACAGUUAGCGGAAUUUAGAGAAAACUGUUUCUAACGUUUUAAUUAUGGAUAUUUUUCUUACAAAAAAGCAUCUAUUUACUUUAUUCACCCCCCGGAGCUGUGUGCCACUGUUUAGUAUGGAUGGAUGCACUUUAUUGGACUUCUUUUGGGACUGUUAAAUGAAAACACCCAUUCACUGCCAUUACAAAGCUUGGAAGACCCAGGACAAUUUUUUACAUAACUUCGACUUGGUUGAACUAACACUUUAACUUUUAGGCAUCUGUCAACUUGCAUUAUAAUGCACACAGAUUAUUUUUAUGAAAAUAUGUUUUUUCUUUAUUCCAAUAAAUCUUCUGGAAAAGCAGUUUCUCCAAGAACAUGUACAAAUAAAGCAAAUAAACCCGUUUA